CUCAGAGUAGCUACAACCUUGGAGUCCAUACUUGUAUUAUUUUAAUUAUUUUGGAAGAUUUUAGAAAAAUAUUGUUAUAUUUCCAUUUUGGUUGUUUUUUCCUUUAUAUAUAGCAUAAUUUUCCUCCUUGUUGCAUUUUGUUGUUAAUGAAAAAUAGUUAUUUUAUUCAAUUUGCUUUAUUACAUUUUUGCUGAAUAUUUGGGAAGCCUUUAUUCAUUGGGACUCAUAUCACACUGGACUGAUCAUACAAUAUAGGAUGCGCCGUUGUGACUGGUUGACAUGGCCCGGAGAGGCUCAGAGACGGGAAGAAAGGAGAACAGAGGCCAGAUUGGCUCAGGGUCUACAGAAACUCGACCAGGCCAAACAUUAUCAUCUCAACUCACUGACCAGAGAACAGCGGAGACUACAUAGUGAUCUCAUCUCUAUGAAAACAGGUAACCCCUGGAAAAGAGGACUUCACAGUUUAGGCGUACAAACCACCAACCACGAUGUUGGCCCACCUGCUGCAUCAUACAAAAGGACACUGUUACCCAUAAUCCCACUGACCAGCAGAGAGACUGAAAGUCACAGGUCAAUCAAACCCCAGCCAGUAUCUUCGCUGCAGGCUCGUGUUCAGGAGUUUAUCAGCAACGGGGAGAAAAGAGCAGAACAUUCCACAGAAACGCUCUGCCUGCCCGACCUUAAACGACAGUCUGUCAAUUCUAUAAGCACUACAACCACAAAAAGAGAAGUAAGUAAGGAAAAAGAGAUGGACGGAGAACAUGAAAUGCAGAAAGACACAGAAAAGGAGGGGCGCAUGGAGGUUGGAGAAGUGUUGAGGAACAGAGAAACAGACAUAGAGAUGGAGUGGAUGCUACUAAAAAAGAGAGACAUUGCAAUAGGAGUUGAGAUAAAUGUGAAUAGAUCUCCAUCAUCUUAUGUUUCUUUUCCCUCUGAAAUGUUAGCUCCUGAUGGGCAUUUAAGAGCAGUGCACACCCUCCCUAACUUUGUCCAGGCACUGUCUGAAGCACGUAAAGCAAGAUACAUAAGACACAGAGGACAACCACUGUGUGAGCGUGAACUCACCAUCCGUGAGAUAUUUUCACAGGACCCUAAAGAUACACCUGCUUUCUGAGACAAUCUAGACAAGUGGAUCUCAAACAUUUUUGCUUCGGAAUUCCGAUUUUACAUUGUAUAUAAAAUUGAUUCCCAUCACAGUGCCAAAAUUGAUAAUCACUGAAAUACCAUUAAAACAUAUACAUUGAAUGGUACAAAACAUACUUUCUCUAGACACAAUGUCUUUUUAUACAGUACAAACUCUAUAUG